CUCAUGGUUUGCAUUUGAUUUGACAGCGUCGCAAGCGGCCGUUCCAGAUUGUUAUCUCACUUUUAUUACAAGAAAUAGCUCUUUUGCUGCAUUUAGAUCCAAACGACAAUGGAUUUCCCUGAAAUAAAACCAGGUGCAUUGUAUGGGCGUAAAAGGGUUCAGUUUAUUCGCGGUAUUCCAUCUGACAGCGAGGAUUCGGAACUUCACAUGACGAGGAUCAAGGUGAGAUAAAAAAUGCUUCUCGGGCAACAUUAGUUUAUAUUCAUUUUAUUUACAGUGGAAAUACCAAUAUCAACGAAUGAUUUGGGCACGGAAGACUUGCAAGAUGCAGAUUCAGACCCAGAUGAUAUUCCCCUAGCACAACUAUUUCGCCUUCCACCUAAUACCAGGUUUUUCCUCUCAAAAACUGACGAUAAUAUAUCUUGGAAGCAGUCAACAACUAUGAGAGAUCCUCAAGAAAAUAGAUUUCUUGGUCAAAGUGAUCUUCCAGAAGACAUCUUACAGAUACAUGGUGCAUACAGUUUUUUCAAAUUUUUCUUCACGGAUGAAUUUCUUGCACAAGUUGUAGAACAAACGUGCUUGUAUAGUGCACAGAAAAGGCCUAACAAACCAAUAACCACAGAUAUAAAAGAAAUAGAGCAGUUCUUAGGAAUAAUCAUAUGGAAGUCUCUAGUAAGACAACAUUCCACUAGGAGACACUGGGCUGCUGGUACUAGGAUACCUCAAAUUGCAGAUGUGAUGCCUAUCAAUAGGUUUGAAGAGCUUAAACGCUUCUGUACACUUAUGCUUCAAUUCUACCAACAAUUGUUUUAAGGAAUUCCAUUGUAAUUGAAAGGUUUUGUCUCUUUUGGAAAUAUAUGUAUGUAUCCUUAAACGCAUGAUGUUCCC